UGAUCCUGAUGCAUGGCACAGUAUGGGUCCUCAAUGCGCUCUUGUGGCUUGUUUGACUUUAUGCAGGAGCGAGAUGCUGCUCGUGCACAGAUGGCAGAGGCUCGUGCGGUGAUAGAGGCUGUAACAAUGGGCAGGGAGCUGUGGGAGCAGAAGUGUAGAGCUUAUGAAGAGGAGGUUGAUGAAGCAAAAAGAGAAAUCAAGGAAUUGGGCAAGUCGGUGGAGGUGCUAACACGUGAAAAACAACAUCUGGAAAAGAAGUGUGCAGGUCUGGAGAAGGAUCUGAAGGAGUUGCACAAAAGGGUAGCAGCAGGUUAUGCUCAAGGGAAAAUUCCAAGAGAAGCAGCAGUAUUGGCGCUCACACAGGAAAGGGACUCGUUACGGCGAGCCAUGAUAGCUGUGCAAGAUAAUUACUUGUCGCAUGAGGAAAGAUUGAAAGAGUUGGAGCUGGAAAAUGAUACUCUAAAAGAGAAUGCAAAGAAGGAGUCAAGAAGGCAAUCUCUCGAGUUGGCCAAGAAGGACCUGUUGGAGUUGGAGAUGGCUCGUGGUGAUAAGAAAGAGAUGGAAAUGGAGAGAAUUGUUGAAGAGCUACAGGCUAAGUUACAUAUGGCGGAGAACAGAAUUUCAGAGCUCAGUGCCAACCUUGCAGAAGGCGAGCUACUGCACAGCUUGUCUGAGGGAAUGGAGAAGAAGCGCAUGGAAACCAUGAGGAAAAUCCAGUCUGAUCUGCAGGAGGAAAUUGAUCGACGAGAUAAACAACUUCAACAAGCUGCAACAGCUGCCUCAGCAGCAGCAACCAGGAACGAUGAUCAGGAACGCACGAUUCAGCAAUAUCGAUCCCUUGUUGCCACUCUGCAAGAUCAGGUUGCUAAAGCUCAACAGAAAGACCUGAGUGCGAGCAACACCAGGAAAAGAGGAGUUGACGGAGACAGAGAUAGCAACAAGGGUUGCACUCUCUCAAGGACUUGUGAUGAUGGUAUAAUGAAUGCCAAUGCACCUGAAGUCACAGAGAAUGUGGAUGAGGGAGAAGCACCGAAUGAGGAAGCCAUUGAGCAGGAGAGUGCACAAGCGACGCAUAAGGGAGGUGUUGCUGAAGAGCAAAAAAUCAGAGAAACGAGCAGGAUUGCGGCAAUUAAAGCUGCGCGGAAUGAUGACAAAUUGAAGAAGGCAAUUGCCAAUGUGAAGGAUCGUAUUCAUUCUCUUGAACUACGGCAGGCAAAUGCCCUAAUUGCUCAGCUGAAGAACUAUCUCCCAAAGGUGGUCUGCUCAACAGAUGCAGAGGCAUGGUCAUGGCUCAUGGCGAUGGAACGGAUCCCUCUGAAGGUGGAGGCGGUGUUGCACUUGCUUGACUGCCACGUGGCAGCUUCUGGGAAGCCAGACACAUGUUUGACUGGAGCAGUGUCUGAAAAGUCACUAGAGGACUCAACUUGCAGAGAGCAUAUGAUGAAGAUCUUGAACACCAGGGAGCGGCUUCUGAGAUUGCGUCUGAUGAGUCACUGUGCACACUCACUUAUCUUUGACAACAGUCCCCAAGUGUUUCCACAUCUGAAGCUGGAGGAUAGGAAAUGGCGUGUUGUGGAGUCAGCACUGGACCAGUUACUUUCAGUAGUGACGUCAGAGGCCAAUCCUCCGGGAGAUCGAAUAGAGUGGAUAUCAGGUGUCAUCAGCCUGGAGACAGUCACCAAGUGUGCACAGGCCCUUUCGCAUGUCAUGGAAACCUUACAGGCAUCGUACGAAGAAACUCAUCAGCAGCAGAACCAAAGUAAACAGAGGGAUGACAAGAUAAUCUGUGGUGCGGAGUCACAUGUGGGUGACACAGAGUGUCGGGACAUACACCCAGUUGUCUGCAGCAGGCGAUUGAGGACAGAGAUGAGUGAGUUGGGGUGUGUGACAUCGUCAAAUGAUGACGAAUGUGGAGAGGAUGUUGCUGUGUCCACUCUGCGAGAACCAGAGAAGGCAACUGAUGACGAGGUGAACGAGGUCGAGAUCCCCCGGCUUCACACUCUCGGGUCUUCUGGCCAUGCCCAUGCUUGCAUCUGGGACGCAAAAUGCCAUAUUGCAAGUGUUGCAAUGUCAGCACUUGAGACGGGCCUCUUGUUGAUGGGCCUCCGGUGCACGAUAGCCCGAGCACGAGCAUUCAUCCUGGCGAAGGCAGCAGCCAGACUGCAAUCCGGCCAAGAGGAGAGGGAAGCAAAAAGCAAUGAUAUUAGAGGAGGUGGGAUCUUGCUCCUGUUGCUUGUUCUUUGCCUCUGUCUCUUCCUGUUCGGCUAUAGCUGCAGCGUAGGAUGCAACCGAGCAAUGCAAAAUCCUGUGGUUCAGAAUGGUCGUCUCUACUGUUCAUGUGUAUAGCAAUCACUCACACACCGUGCAGGUACUAAUAACUUAAAUCG